UUGAGCUGAUCUCAAAUGAACGACUCUCACACAAUUGAAGCAAAAGAGUUGUUUACUGUUCUCGUUCUGUCGUUCUGUCAUCAUCUGUCUGCCCCUGCCGUGCCCCAGCGAUUGUAGUUUUCAAAGUCUUUAAGCUGUGUUUUUUUUUUUUUUUUUUUUAAUAAUUUGAGGUUUUAUCGAAGUAUCGUAUAUGUUUUGAAGUCGGAUUUAAGAUUUAAGUGUAUAAAAGAGAGUGUUUAUUGUUAUGCGUUCUACCGUGCCAUCCCCGUGCACCCUUGCCUACCACUUUCAAAAGAACCUGCGCAGAACCAUGGCUGUCUCGCGCAUGUAGGAGUGAAGGGUGAUGGUGGGGAAGGGCCUGGAGCAGUGGUGGGGAUAAGUCGUUGGGGCGAGGUGUCUUUCCCCACCACUCUGUCUCUCCUGCUGUCCUGCAUGCACGACUCAUACAGGUUCUGCGCAUCAGUCGCGGCUCACUCGUGUGGUGGCCCAAGAUGGACUCAGUGUCGGCGGUGAGAGAUCUGGCUGCCGUCCAAAGACUCGCCUGUCUCAUCAUCACGGGCGCAAUGAGCAGCUGUCCGGGAGCCUCACUGGACUGCCUUCUCAACCUCACUCCGAUUGACCUGCAUGUCAAGGUCACUGCGAGGAGGACUGCCUACAGACUCCAGUGUGAAAACCUUUGGUUGGAUGUUGGAGGAUCCCGAGGUCACUCUCGGAUCACUCAGCAGGUAAGAGGGGAGGUAAUGGACAUGCCCUCGGAUCACAUGCCGACUCGAUUCUUCUUCGCCAGACCAUUCACUGUCCUCCUUCCGUCCAGGGAUGAGUGGAUGUCCGGUGGGAAUCCUCUUCCACAAGGCGACCUUGAAUGGUAUACUGAUGGUUCUAAGGUAAGAAGUGGGACUGGGGCUGGAAUUCAUGGAGUGCAGAACGGGGUGGACAUUUGUCUUCCUAUGGGCACUCACCCAACUGUGUUCCAGGCCGAAAUGACUGCGAUUAUGGUAUGUGCUAGGGAAAACCUGAGGCUAGGCUUCAGGGACAUCAACAUUUCCAUUUUCACAGACAGCCAGGCUGCGCUCAAAGCGCUUGAUUCCUAUGAAUUUAAUUCUAAGGUGGUCUGGGACUGCCUUUCUGCGGUAUGUGACCUGGGCAGGCGCAACAAGGUAACGCUCUGUUGGGUUCCUGGGCACUCAGGAAUAGAAGGGAAUGAGGUGGCUGACAGGCUAGCAAAUGUCGCGUCAGCCUCAGACUUCGUGGGACCACAGCCUUUCUGUGGAAUCUCUCGUGGGCAUGCAUGUCACUCAGUCAUGGCAUGGGCUCAGGAGGAACACAGGAAAAGAUGGGUUAGGCUUCAGCACCAUAGGGUAAGUAAGCUCGAACCCUCUUCUCUCCUUCCCAGACGGUCGCCUCCAAUGCCCUACGCUUGGACAGGAGGCGACUCAGACAGAUCACAGGAAUGGUCACUGGACAUGGCUUUCUGAAAUUACACCUGCAUCGCUUGAGGAUCCACAAUGGUGACACUGCGUGUAGGAAAUGUGGGCAAUCAGAGGAGACUGCUGAUCACCUACUCUACGACUGCACAGCUCUGAAUGAGGUAAGGGACAGUACUCUUGGUGUAAUGACAAGGGGCAGACACCUUCCUCAGGAGGAGCUCAUUGACAGGAUGCUUGAGUUCAUUAAGCAACUCAGGUUUGACGGACUCUGAAGUACCAUGUGGGGAGCGCAAAAAGCCCAUCAGUGGCUGACGUGCAACAGGACAAGGUCCGCCCCUACAGAAUCAAUCAAUCAAUCAAUCAAUCAGUCGCGGCGUGAUUAUCGCUCAGACUGGUCCCCGGGGCAGUGGUCCGCGACUGUAGCUAGCGACUCUUGCGAUAGUCGCUCCAAGCAAAACAGGACAACGCAAACUCAGUCAGAGCAGUGCCCGGCUACUAUCGCGGAGCGAUUAUCGCCACGUGUCUAUCACUGCAAUCGCUCCAAGCAAAAUAGGCCUUUAACCGGGCAAUUUUUAUCAGCACAUCGGUUUAACCGGACUAGGUCGGCAGGAAGUGGGAGGUAAGCGUUACUGAAACGACUGUUCUUGUGUUAAGGAUAUGAGAACAGUGAUUAUGCUCUACUACAUUUUAGUCAAAUACUGUAUAUACAGUAUGCAUUUAAACGGUCAGUUUUAAUGAGUUUGUGGGACGUCAGUUUAACGAGAAAACCCAUUAUCCGGACUGACCUCGGUCCCGAGAGUCUGGAUAAGAGGGAGUCUAUUGUAGGCUACUGUACAUUUUACUAUGUUAUAGUGACACGAAUAAAAAAAAUAACAGCCAAAACUUCAUGCAAUAACCCCAUAGUACCACAUACAAUAUGUUUACUAGUGUGAACUACGCUGUAGGCUUCACAUUGAAUGUGUUGCCCAUGUUUAUUAAAUUAACCU